UGGUGAACGUGAAAUUUCAUCGCGUACCUGGUGCAACUAAGUUUUCCAACUGAUCCAGCUGGCGCCUUCAUUUCUCAUUUGCUUCCAGGCAUGGAUGUCUUUACUCUUCCACAGUGCGUCGCACAGAUCAAUGUUAUUUUAGUGCUUACUAAAAGCAACAUGGAGGAGAGAACAGGGCUCUUAUUUCUCGCUGUGCUGAGUGCUGCUUGGAUUUGUGAUGCAAGAGAAAUGGCUAAUCCUGAUCUUUGGAGAAACAAUACUGCAAAAUCAGACUCUUCGGAAGUAGCCAAGAAAAAAGAUGUUUGUGCACUUUGUGAGGAAUAUACUUCCGAGGCUCUUGAUUUCCUGACUAAAAAAGAGACCCAGGAUGAGAUCAUUGAUAUCCUUUACCAUACAUGUCAUAAGCUGCGCCCUUUAGAGCAGGAGUGUUUAAAUUUGGUGGACCUUUAUGCUCCCCGCUUUUUCUCAAAACUAGCUUCAUUGCAACCUGGAGAACUUUGUAAAAAGGCCAAUCUAUGUCAGCGAAUUGCAAAGAUUUCAUCUCAAGUCCAAGAAGAUAGUUGUGGAUUUUGCAGAGAUGCUGUCUCAGAAGUAUUGGUUAAGUUGAAUGAUCCUGACAACGAGGUUAGAAAUUUCAAUUCCUACGACUCAGCUGGAGUAGUGGAAUUUUCCUUGUUUUCUAGUAGCUUAUGA